AGGAGCCUCAUCACUACGAGGAAACGAAACUCAACCAGGAGAAUCAGACACAAGUUUUCAAAGUGCAGUUUGCUUUAAACCUCUUGGGCAGUGACUUUUACAAAACAACAUUACAGAUAUGGCCACUGCCAGCAGUCUGCUAUCAGAGGAGAAGUUCCUGUGUUCUGUCUGUCUGGAUGUGUUCACUGAGCCAGUCUCAACACCAUGUGGACACAGCUUCUGCAGAGCAUGUAUCCAGAAGUGUUGGGACAACAGUGACGACUGCAAGUGUCCAUUAUGCAACAGGACAUUUUCUCCAAGACCUGAACUCCAAGUCAACACUGUUGUGUCUGAGUUAACUGCUGAGUUUAAAGCUUUAGUACAAGUCAAGGCCUCGACUCCAGAGCCACAACUUCCUGGAACAGCAGACGUUCUUUGUGAUAUCUGCUCUGAGAUGAAGGAACAUGCUGUUAAAUCUUGCCUGACGUGUUUAGCCUCUUUCUGUAAAGUGCACCUCGAGCCACAUCAGAGAGUUGCUGGACUCAAGAGCCACACAUUAUUAGACCCUGUGAAGAAUCUUGAUGACAGAAUGAGAGAUCAUGCAGUGGACUUGACCUUUGACCCUGAAACAGCAUAUUGCACUCUUGUCAUAAGCCAGGAUGGAAAACAAGUGACAGAUACAGACACAGAACAGGAACUUCCCUACAGUCCAAAGAGAUUUGAACAGUGUAAGGAGGUUUUGACAAAGGAAGGGUUCACAACAGGGAAGUUUUACUAUGAAGUGCAAGUGAAAGACAAUACUGACUGGAUUGUUGGAGUGGUCAGAGAGCCUGUGAACAGAAAAGAGGACACACCUCUUUCAGUUAAAAAUGGUUACUGGAUCAUUGGGCUUGAUGACGGUAUAUAUAGUGCAAAUAUUGGUGUUGAACUCACACCAAAAGAAAAGCUUGAUAAUGUGGGCAUCUUUGUGGACUAUAAUAAGGGAGUGGUUUCUUUCUAUGAUGUGAAAUCUAAAUCACACAUCUAUUCUUUCACUGGCUGCCACUUUACAGAGAAACUUUACCCAUACUUCUACACUCAUAUGAACAGAGAUGGAACAAACUCUGCCCCAAUCAUCAUAACACCUGUUCCUCAAACACACUGAGUCUGUCAGAAAAGAUACACGUAAGGAAUCUGCUUUAAGUGUCAACAGCAACUUCCAAAUGAUAUGUUUAUCAAGCUAGUCAAUUUAAAGGGAAUAUAUGAUGCUCACGUUCAGGUUCAUGCUUGUGUUUUUGGGAUUCUACUAGAUGUUAUAUUAUGUUUACAUGCUUUAAUUUUCAAAUAACACAUGAUUUUUCUUUUUGACUCAUUUCAGUGCAUGUCUAGACUGGCUUAUUUCACAGUUUGUGGGUUUGUUUUUCAUAUUAUGUUCCCUUUUUAAUAUUGAAAAAUGUUCUGUCCAUGCAUGGAUAAUUAAUAAGUAUGACACUGCAAUAUUAGUGGUAUUUUGUUCCUUAUCUUAAGUGUAUUGUUCAGUGAAUGUAUAGAUGUUAACUGAUGAUGUUGUACAGUCAUAUUAUCAGGUUCUGUAUUACAGUGGAUGGGGGUAAAACAUAUUCUUUUGUAAGAUAACCUGUUGCUCUUUUGUGCAAAUUUUGAUUGUUGGAAAAGAUUAUAUAAAUAAAAAAUCCUGCAAGA